UCUGUUGAGUGCAAGUGGAAGUACUAGAAGUAACAAAUGUAUAACGCUAGCUUAUGCGAUCCUGCCAGAAACGGCAGUCUAGAGACCAGCUAAUGUAAUCAAUGUCAGGAUUCCGACCAGCACUUUUCUUUGUAGAUGCCCGCUUUUCGUCCUGGACCUUUCAGUAACAUUAGUGGAUCCAUUUUCAUUCGGAGACCGUGCUGGACAGUUAGCUUGCUAGUUUUGAGAGCUAGUUCACGUUAUUUCUCCUCGGACACGUUUCUUCCCUUUAAAACCCACAAAGCUGAAUGUGCUUUCUGUCAUGUGUCCGGCCGGGUGCUCCCAUGUGAACGGUUUCAAAGUGGACAAUUGGAAUCAAAACCUGAGAGUCAUAUAUCAGUGCUUUGUGUGGACCGGCACCGCAGAAACCAGGAGACGUAAGGCAAAGUCGUGUAUCUGUCACAUGUGUGGCGCACACCUGAACAGGCUGCAUUCGUGCCUUUACUGUGUCUUUUUUGGCUGCUUCUCCAAGAAACACAUCCACGAACAUGCUAAAAACAAGCGGCAUAAUCUAGCUGUCGACUUGUUAUAUGGUGGAAUAUACUGCUUUGUUUGUCAAGACUACAUAUACGACAAAGACGUAGAACAGAUUGCCAAAGAAGAACAGAGGAAAGCCUGGAAACUUCAAGGUGUAGGGGAAAAGUAUUCAACUUGGGAACCCACAAAGCGCGAACUGGAGCUGCUAUGCCAUAAUCCAAAGCGAAGGAAAAUUACUUCCAACUGCACUAUAGGUUUACGGGGCUUGAUCAACUUGGGCAACACAUGCUUCAUGAACUGCAUCGUGCAGGCACUUACACACACACCAUUGCUGCGUGACUUCUUCCUGUCAGACCGUCACAAGUGUGAAAUGCAGUCCAACUCUUGUCUAGUGUGCGAGAUGUCUCAGCUCUUUCAAGAGUUCUAUUCAGGCCACCGUGCUCCCCAUAUCCCAUUCCGGCUGCUGCACCUGGUGUGGACACAUGCACGUCACCUGGCUGGCUAUGAGCAGCAGGAUGCACAUGAAUUCCUCAUUGCUGCCCUGGAUGUGCUGCACCGCCACUGCAAAGAUGAUGACAAUGGAAAGAAAGCUAACAACCCAAAUCACUGUAACUGCAUCAUUGACCAAAUUUUCACUGGUGGACUACAGUCAGAUGUAACAUGUCAAGUUUGCCAUGGUGUUUCAACUACGAUAGACCCGUUCUGGGACAUUAGUUUGGACCUGCCCGGCUCAUCCACACCAUUCUGGCCUCUGAGUCCGGGAGGUGACAGUGCUGUGGUUAAUGGAGAGGGUCACAUGACUGGCUCUACCACACUCACAGACUGUCUGCGUCGUUUUACUCGACCAGAGCAUCUAGGAAGCAGUGCCAAAAUUAAAUGUGGAGGUUGUCAUAGCUAUCAGGAGUCCACAAAACAGCUGACUAUGAAAAAGCUUCCUAUUGUUGCAUGUUUUCAUCUGAAGCGUUUUGAGCAUUCAGCCAAGUUGCGCAGAAAGAUCACUACAUAUGUAUCGUUCCCCUUAGAGCUGGACAUGACACCUUUCAUGGCCUCCAGUAAAGACACCAGAGUAAAUGGCCAGUACCAACAAUCUGUGGAUCUGUUAAACAAAGACAAUAAAUACUCCCUGUUUGCUGUAGUAAAUCACCAGGGCACAUUAGAAAGUGGUCACUAUACCAGUUUCAUCCGUCAGCACAAGGACCAAUGGUUUAAAUGUGACGAUGCCAUCAUCACCAAGGCCAGCAUUAAGGAUGUGCUGGACAGUGAAGGGUAUUUGUUAUUCUACCAUAAGCAGUUUCUUGAAUAUGAGUAGCUUUAAGACUCCGAUCUGCUGACAGUGGAAUGCUUCAUUUAUCCAGUGAGAGUGGCUGAGACGAAGAUUUCACUUGUAGAAGGGGACACAAUUUACCACAAAUCUACCUGAAACUGUGACUACCCAUCGCUUCCUUCCCACAUAGGGGCCAAAACAAAACCGAAGACGAAAAACUUAACAAAUCAUGCAACACAUUUAAACCAGCACUGAGCUAAUCAUUACUUGAUGUGAGAAAAGUGGAGGAUAGGAAGAAGUGCAUGACUGCCUCACUUUCUGCCUCUCCUGAUAAUUUCUCCACUGCUGAAUUAAAGGAGAGGGCUGCAAUGAACUAAUCUUUGAAACAGAAGUAGUGGGCACAU